AAGCGGCGGCGGCUGCAGCAGCAGCAGCAGCAGCAGCAGCAGCAGCAGCAGCAGCAGCAUGGGGAAGCAGAAGAAGGCGCGGAAGUACGCGGUGAUGAAGCGCAUGAUCAGCCUGCGGGACCAGCGCAUCAACGAGAAGGACCGGGCGAAAGCCCGCGAAAAGAAGAAGGAAGACCCGAGUGCCAUCAAGGAGCGAGAGGUCCCCCAGCAUCCCUCUUGUUUGUUCUUCCAGUAUAAUACCCAGUUGGGCCCCCCUUACCACAUCCUGGUUGACACUAACUUCAUCAACUUUUCCAUCAAGGCCAAGCUGGACCUGGUGCAGUCAAUGAUGGACUGUCUUUAUGCCAAGUGCAUUCCAUGUAUCACAGAUUGUGUAAUGGGUGAAAUUGAGAAGUUAGGACAGAAGUACCGUGUGGCAUUAAGAAUUGCCAAGGACCCUCGGUUUGAGCGCUUGCCAUGUACACACAAAGGAACCUACGCAGACGACUGCUUGGUACAGAGAGUCACUCAGCACAAAUGUUACAUAGUGGCCACAGUGGAUAAAGAGCUCAAGAGGAGAAUACGAAAAAUCCCUGGAGUACCUAUCAUGUAUAUUUCCAGGCACAGAUACAAUAUUGAGAGGAUGCCGGAUGAUUACGGAGCUCCUCGGUUCUAACCUGCCUGGCCAAGCCAUUGAUGCCAGGACUCUGAGCCAGGAUAAGGGUCCUUCUGGUUCCAACCCUCCUGCUUUCUUACUUGCUGAGACUCUGCUCAAAGGACUGUGGGUGACAUUGGAUUUCAUAGCCUUGAUCCUCUAAGAGAAAGCCACUUGGAAGAGUCUGUGUUUAUUCAUCCUUAUUUUGAUUCGGCCUGGUUACCUACAGUUGGGAAAAGCAUAUGGGAAAGAGGGGACAGCAGUGCUCAAAACAUGCCUAACUCCUUCUUCAUUGGGAUCAAUGGAAAAAGUGAUUUCAGCAUUCUGAAUUAAAUAUUGGAGAUGUAACUCUGCUUGAGAAUGAAACCACAGAAAUUUUAGAAGUUUCAUAUUGCUGACCCUGCAGCAGGACAAGUGUUCCUCUGGGAAGCUCCCCCACGCCUGUCCCACAGCAAAUCAGAACCUACGUUCUGGAGAAAAGCCUUCAAAUUUGCAGCAGUUAAUGCGCCUUUUCUGGACCAGUGGUCUUGAAGAUUUUAAUCCAAAAUUAAUGGGUUUCUAUUCAACUGUACAAUGAAUGGAACUGAGUUCAGUGUCCUGGUCAGAUUCCCAUGUCUGUACUGGGUUAGCUGGCAACUUGGUCCUUUUGCUUGUAUGCAGAGAGUUGGUGGGAGGGCUGGGCUGCUGGGUCAGGACAAAAGUCUCCCUCUUGUUUGCUUGGCACCUAAGCACCUCAAAGCCUCAUCCCCUUCCUUAGGUGUCAUGGAAGAGAAGGAAGGUAUCAGACUUGGACAGAAAGGAGUCAAACUGUGAAAGUCAUUACUGUGGGCUGGGAGCAGAGUACGUGAGGGGAAUCAGAGCGAUGACUGCAGAUUUGUGUGAGUCUCAAGAAACCAGCAGCAUUUGCUGUAGGGAACUGGUCAGAGGAUGGGGGGGAAAGAAAUCAUUAAGCCACCUGGAGAAGUGCAGUGGAAAAAAUAUUUCAAAGCUGUAACUGCAUUCUCAUCUCUUCUCUGUUACUCUUUAAUUUUUAGCAGUAUAAUUUGUUCUGAUUUCUGCUCUGGAGUGAGAAGAACUGAGAGAUAAGAGACUACAUGAGGGUCACCAGGGGCCAACAUGCUGUAGGAUGCUUCCUGGCCAAAAUGCUGGAGCUGGGGCAAAGGGGAAGACUGAAAACUUAAAUUCUUGGUAUAAUUAAGAACAUUUCCAAACUUUAAUAAAGCUUUUAUCCUGUGGUGCCUUA